UCUCUCAUCAAAGCCCAUCCAUUUGACAAAAAAAAUUGGUUCGGACUCAAUCCACACCCAAAUUACAACCGUACUUUUGAUUUGAGCGAAUACCAAACAGGAACAACACGAAACGUUCUUCACUUCGUCGCCGCCCCAACCCCCUGGCGGCGAUGGGCUGCGCUUCAAAACCCUAAACCCUUUUCUCUCGCUGUCACCGAUCUUCUCAUUCAUGGCGGUCGCCUCUUCAACUCUCCUUUCGCUUCCUGCCGACGAGGACCACCGACUUUGCUGCGAAUUCUCGGAUCCCAAACAACAAGAGAAAGAAGAAUUUGAACCUGAAUCUGUUGUGGGUAGUCCGAGAGGGUACUUGAGCGGCGAGUCGCGGAUCGAGCGAGCCUGGGCUCACUGGAAGAAGCUGGGCCAGCCUAAGCUGAUCGUGGCUCCUAUGGUUGACAACUCCGAGCUUCCUUUUCGGAUGCUUUGUCGCAAGUAUGGAGCUCAAGCUGCUUAUACUCCUAUGCUUCACUCUCGCAUCUUCACCGAGAAUGAGAAAUAUCGCUCUCAAGAAUUCACCACUUGCAAGGAGGAUCGCCCGCUAUUUGUCCAAUUCUGUGCAAAUGAUCCAGAUACUUUGUUGGAAGCAGCACGAAGAGUGGAACAUUGUUGUGAUUAUGUUGAUAUUAAUCUGGGGUGUCCUCAGCGUAUCGCUAAGCGGGGAUACUAUGGAGCUUUCUUAAUGGAUAAUCUCUCUCUUGUUGAGUCACUGGUAGAAAAAUUGGCUCUAAACCUUAAUAUCCCAGUAUCAUGCAAAAUUCGCCUUUUCCCAGAUUUACAAGAUACAAUAAACUAUGCUAGAAUGUUGGAGGAUGCUGGUUGCUCUCUCUUAGCAGUUCACGGCCGUACAAGAGACGAAAAAGAUGGGAAGAAAUUCCGGGCUGACUGGAAUGCCAUCAAGGCCGUUAGAAAUGCUGUCAGAAUUCCAGUCCUUGCCAAUGGGAAUGUUAGACACAUGGGUGAUGUCUAUAGCUGUUUAAAAGAGACGGGAGCUGAUGGGGUCCUCUCGGCGGAGUCUCUUCUUGAGAAUCCAGCUCUCUUUGCUGGGUUUCGAACUGCUGAAUGGGUAUCAGGGAGCGAAGAAACCAAUGAAGACGGAAAACUAGACCAGGCUGAUUUAACGGUAGAAUAUUUGAAACUCUGUGAGAAAUAUCCUAUACCGUGGAGAAUCGUCCGCUCUCAUGUGCACAAGCUGCUGGGACAGUGGUUCAGGGUUCAUCCGCAUGUGAGAGAGGACCUCAACGCGCAAUCCAUACUCACUUUUGAAUUUCUUUAUGAGAUGGUCAAUCGGCUUAGGGAGCUGGGCCUGAGGAUACCCCUUUACACAAAAGAUUCUUCUACAUCUGCAAACGAAAUUGGAGCAUGAAUUGCACCGUUGCAAAAUUAGUAGUAUAAAAGUUGCAGCUAGCUGCAGUUUGGAUAAUGGACCUGCAUUCUUAUGCAAAAGCACCGAAGCAGGUUAGCUCUUACUUAACUUAUCAUUCUUUCAGUAUGAGAAAGUAUAACUUCUCAAAUUGUAUCAAUUGAUAUACUUAGCCGAUUAAAUGAAGUCGGAGGAUGUAUGGACUAAAGAACAGCCAAUUUUUUAUAGGUCAACUCUUUUUAUCUGGUGAUUAGAAACUGUGGUCACUGUUAUAAGCUACACUUUGUUGGGACAGUUACUAUUUUUUUUUUUAUUAUUUAAAACUUUGAUUUUUUGCUUUGAUCAAAAUGGGCAAAAUGCGUUUUUUUACCCAUUUAAUAUGCAGUCAUUGGAUUCAAGAUGUAUUUGAAGGUUAGUUAUAUCUAGUAGAUCUGAUUAUCCA